AGCACUUCGCGAGUGAUCUCGAAAGCGAAAGUUGUCUUCGCGAAUACGCAUACACACACACACACACAUAUAUAUGUAUAAAGUAAAUGUGAACGCCAAAACAAAAAAAAAUAGUAAGAGCCACCUACAAGUAAUGUGCAGAAACGGAGCUUAACAUUCUUGCGUUAGAUAAUUUAAAGACCAUAGUAAAUUAGUGAGACAUUUGAUUGAAGUGUUGCCCGAAUGCGGAGGCACAUAUUCCAGCAAAAUAGAGCCCAGCGUGGUGCAACGACUAGAACGACGACGAAGACGACGAUCAGGUGAAGAAGAAAGAGAAAUCACAACGAGUAACGGAUUGUUGAAACGCGUCCGCGAUAAUCUGUUGGAGAACGCGCUUAUCGUUCACCUACACUGGCUGAUUCGAAUACAUCUUCAGGUUUUCACCUAUGUCGUCGCGGCAUUCUUCCACCUGCUGAACCGCCGCCACACGAAUGAUCCAGCCGGAGCCAUGGACGAGCCGCACGCGUCCGCGAGCUCAGAUCCUGGUGGUGGUCAUGAUGGUACUAGCAACAACAAUGAUAAUGACGAAAAAGAUGUGUCAGCAUGUGCUGGAUGUCUCAAUACUAUUGAUGAAGAUGAAUUCAUACAAGCACUUGGUCAAGAGUGGCAUAUUGAUUGCUUUCGGUGCUCAGCAUGUGAUGCACCAUUGUCCUCAUGGUACUUUGAAAAAGAUGGAUUGCUAUUUUGCAAAGAUGAUUACUGGGCAGCCUAUGGUGAGGCAUGCCAAGGCUGUGGUGAUAUCAUCACUGGGCCUGUUAUGUUAGCUGGAGAUCACAAAUUUCAUCCAGAGUGUUUCGCUUGUAAUUCAUGUGGAACUUUCAUUGGCGAUGGUGAAAGUUAUGCUCUUGUGGAGAGAUCUAAGCUUUAUUGUGGAGUUUGUUAUAAACGACAGAUGCAACCACACAGUAAAACAGCCAAUUAUCCAUUUGUCAGAAAACCGCACAGCAUAAGACUGGUAGAGAUCCCUCCAAAUUCCAAUAAUCACGAAAAACAGCGGGGAAUUAGACUGACUCUAGAUAGUACACCAAGUCCAAGAAACUCUGGUGGUGGUUUAUUCCGUAUUUCAGAGUUAUUGAAAAAUGUUCGUGGAAAGAUCUGUAAGCUGGUGACCUCUGUGAUGGAGGUUCUCUUUAGGCUAUGCUGCCACUUCUCUAAUAAUAGGCUCAAUACGUCCAGUGAUCUGAUGUCUCUUCACAUCGGAGAUCGAAUACUCGAAGUUAAUGGCACUCCCGUGAAAGAUCAACCCAUCGAGAGCAUCGAAAAUAUUAUCAGACACUCGGACACACUAUUGCAGCUAACGAUAGAACACGAUCCAGACGCAGUGACACGUCGAACGGCAUUUUCAACUGCUCACUCAUCGAUAAUACCGCGUACAUCGAGUCCAAGAACGAGUCCUGACGGCAAAGACAGACUGUUCAAAAGACGCGACGAGGGUUACAUCAACGGUAACAGAAGCCGACAGCUAAAGAGGACUAAGGAUCCACAACAGAAGGAACGUAGUAGCUCAAUGUCUCGAUUACUUGACGGAGCAUCUCCGACCAAUCCAGCCUGCGACCUGAGCCGCACGAGAUCGUUCCGCGUUGAACCAAAGAACCAGAGAAUAUUUAGAGCUAGCGAUUUAGUCAAAGGAGAGCUGCUUGGGCAAGGAUCUUUUGGUCAAGUGUAUAAAGUAACGCAUCGAGAUACAAAUGAAGUCAUGGUUCUGAAGGAACUUUAUAGAGUCGAUGAGGAAGCGCAAAAGAACUUUCUGAAAGAAGUCGCCGUGCUACGUUCUCUCCAUCACAACAACGUGCUACGAUUCAUCGGUGUGCUGUACAAGGAUAAAAAACUUCACCUUGUCACAGAAUUCAUAUCUGGUGGUACACUUCGAGGUUUGCUUCACGAUACUAGCGAGACUUUACCUUGGGAGCAACGUACUUCUUUCGCCAAGGAUAUUGCUGCUGGCAUGGCGUACUUACAUUCCAUGAACAUCAUUCAUCGCGAUCUCAACUCCCAUAACUGUCUCGUGCGCGAGGAUAAAACUGUCGUUGUCGCUGAUUUUGGAUUGGCUAGAAUUAUGCAAAACGGAAAUGCUCCUGACAAAAACAGUCCUGCAGGGAAAUAUACAAGACGCUCCGACGGCGAAGUUCGAACAUCGCGUAAAGAACGCAAGAAACGUUACACGGUAGUCGGCAAUCCUUACUGGAUGGCGCCGGAAAUGAUGAAAGGCAAUAAGUACGACGAGAAAGUCGAUAUAUUCAGUUUUGGCAUCGUCAUCUGUGAAAUAAUUGGACGAGUACAAGCUGAUCCCGACUACUUGCCACGAUCCUCGGACUUUGGUCUCAACAAGCGAGCUUUCAAGGACAAAUUCUGUGCCAAUUGUCCCGAGUGUUUUUACACCAUUGCAUUUCUUUGCUGUGAUUUGAAUCCUGACAAGAGGCCAUCGUUCGAAGUGAUGGAAGUUUGGCUUGAUGGCCUAGCGGUGCACUUGUCCGUUGACGCGCCAUUGCCUCCAGAUCUUGAGAAUGAUAUUAAAAAUUAUGCAGGUCUAAAUCCAAGCAGUGAAUCCAGUACACCGGACAUGUUAAGUCCACAACUGAAUACUAUUACCGAGGGACAGGUACAUCGAGAAAAGAGACGUGGCUGUGAUGAUAGUACGUUAGAGUCGGACUUUUACCUACAGAGUAGCGAAUGCAAAGAAAACGUGCAAGUUCCCGCAAAAAAUAUUAAACAAGGUAAUAGUUCACCUGCGGAAAGGGAAAAACGAUACUCGAGACAAAAUAGCAAGUCUAAAGAAUCAUCAAAUGAUGGAGCAAGUGGCAAAUCGAGCUGGCAUUCUUACUCAAGACAGAGCAGUAAAAGCAGUACAUGCAGCGAAGAUGCUUCGACAACGGAUCGUAGGCUUGGCAUCAAUUCCUCCAGAACUAAUUUAUGUUCAUCAGAAAAAUUCCCUAGCAUCGAAAAAAUCAAGUUCAUCGGGCAAGUCGAUCUUCCCAGCAUAGUUCCUACUUCUCCUUCGAAUCUUAACUAUAACGAAUCCAAGCGAUCCUCUUAUAGAGUCAACCGUCGAAAGUCCGAUGAAUCGUUGACUUCUGAGAGCAGUAAAAUCGAAAAUCCAAAAUUUAAACCUCUCAACACUACUGGUAACAUUGUUGGGAUGUACCUACGACAGAUUGGUAAAUCCAUAGUGGCACCCGUUGAAAAAGAAAAUACUUCAUCUUAUUUGCAAAGCAAUAAAAAUUCAUGCAGUACUACUACCGAGGCCGAGUCCAAGUGUAAAGCCCCCAAUUCAACUACACCCCUCAGACGGUCCAAAAUAUCACCUACGAAAGAAUCACCGUCCAGAAAUGCUUUCACCUGCGACGCGAACGAAGCCAAUAUAGGUGACGAAUCACCGAAGCGAAAGCAGAAGUCGAAAAUUAAAGAGUUGCCGGCGACUAGGAGAAGCAGCAAUAAACGUAGAAAUAGGAGACGAGAAAAAUCAGAUCUCGGUUACGUUGAGAGUUUUUCUUUUGAAGAUUCGAAAGAUACUGACAAUAAUGUGGAAAGCAGAGUCGAGAGUAACGUACUUGAAGGGACGUCGGCUUCUCUGGACUUUUAUGAUGAUUAUUGCAAAAUGGAAGAUGUGAAAAGACAGGAUAGCUUUGGAACUGAUAGCGCGGUUGGUACAAUGAAAAGUGACUUUUUUGCCGACAUUGAUCUCGCUAAGAUCAGAGAUGGUUCUGUGCCUAUAUUGCAGGAUUUAUGUUGUACUACUGAUAGCCCUAAUCAUACGGCUUCUCCUUUCGAGAGUACGGCUCUUUAAACCGUUUGCAACCAGUCAAAACUUACAAUGGACAUUAAGUUUUUAUUUUUCUCUCUGUCAUGUUGAGAUGUGUUUUGAAAACUAUUAGAUCUGUAAUCGUAGUGGAGAGAUUUACUAUGUUUCAACUUCAAAUAGUGCUAUGAAAUAGUACUUUAUACAGAGGUCGCUAAAGAUUUUCGAUUUUCGUUCACUUGUAAAAUAUUUGUUUCGUUUCUUUCAAACCAUUUCUACGCUUUUUCUAUUUUAUACGUUGUCACGUGCAUUUCUUUGUGUAACGUGUAUUACAAUUCGAUAAGACUGAAAUGGAUUAAAUGAAUGGCGAAUUUCAUUUUGUAUUUAUUCCAGUAAAAAAAUGGGUCUACGAAAAAGUACAAAUAAAGUAGUUAUGGAAUUAGCACGUAUAUUUUUAAAUGGUACUAUUUGCACUUCAGCGAAUUCUACAAAAUAUGAAUUGAUAAUUAUACGAACUAAAAGCACUUUCAAAACGCAUCUUUACGUACAGAAACAUCCAGCCCAAUUAUUUUAACAGACUUGAAAAUACAAUUUUUUUUUGUAAUGAUACACAAAGUAGAUACAACAAAACUUUCGUUGUGAGAUGUAAAUGCUAUACUUUCCUAGAUAUUUUUCUUUUUCUUAUGCCUUUUUAGUGAUAGAAACUACGAGAAGACUUCGAAUUAAACUAGAAACUGGUCUCAAUUAAUUCAUAACAAAAAUAACUGUAGUAUUUGCUAAAACUGAUCUAAAUUCCUUUUAAUCUGCUAAGUUACUUAUGUCGUAAGUUAAUUGUAUAGCUCGUUGUUGUUACGCAAUUUUGUUUUUUUAUAUAACAUUUUUACUGGCAAACGUGCUACGCAAAGUGCGUUUUUCUAAUCAGUAUUAAAGCGAAUUUCGCUUAUUAAAUAAUAUUUAAAAAAAUAUAAUCUUGCAAAUGCGGUUUUCUACGAAUCGCUUCCGAUAAAUAUUAUUUAUGAAUGUACCAAUACAUUCCUUACAUGGACAUGAGCACCUUUAGCACGUUUUAAAAAUUCAAAUUACGAACGUUUUUUCACUCGUUUUAAACUUUUAAUGAAAAUAACUAAAAUAAAUAUGUAAGACUUUUAAGACAAAUUAAUUCACUGUCAUUAAUUAUAGAAAACACUAAUUUGAAGGUGUUCAUAUCUGUUUCUAUUUAUAUUGUAAACGCUUUUAUUUGCGUACAUUAAAUAAAAGCAUUCCAUGUAUCUACUGAAUCGCUUGUUCUGAUUGCUUGCCAACUUGGUCGUAUAUUAGGCGUAGGAAGUAAAGCGAAAGAUUUGCUAAUUAAUAAAGUAUUGAAAAUGCUUACCUAGUAAGAAGAAAUUCACUCUUUCGUUCAGAUGUACCAGGAUAUUCGAAUUUCUUCUUGCUAGCGAUCGCGAAAAAGUAUCGUAAAAAGAAAAAAGCUUAUAGGAAAGUAACGUUUAGAUAUGUUGCGUAUUCUUCCUUUAUUUUGUUCUGAAAGCAUAGCUUUGUAUGGCAGGGACUAGACUUGGCAGAUGGUCAUAAAAUAUCAUAUGGAAAAUCUCAACGAUUCCAAAUAUUUUUUAUGAAUUUUGAAGAUAUAAUAUGCAAUAAUAGCAUACGAUGAAUAAUAAACUACAGGUUUAAUAUUUUAAGGACAUGUCAGUCAAAACUGACAAACAUAGUAUAUAAUAAUUAAUAAAAAAUGUUGCCAAUUGAAUUAUGCAAAAUUUUCAUAAAAUACUAAAGCACUGAUUUUAAAGCUCGCAAAUUUCAAACGAGUUUUCGAUUAUAGCACAGCGUUAGUCUCUUUAGCAAUAAAUCAUACUAUCUCAGAAGAGAUCGGAUAAAUGUUAUUAACGAAUAUAUUUAAUAACGUCAGUUUCGAGUUGAAAGUAAAAAGUAUGUUUUAUAAAAAAGCCUCGUCUACUCCCUGCCAAGAUAGACUGUUUGAUGGGACCGAUAUAUUAUACGCACCGAAUUACCAUACUUCGCCCCCGAACAUUAGUGCGUUGUAUCGUCAUUUUCAUCUUCAACGCGACAUACAAUGUCGCAUUCAAGGUGAAAACUGAAUAAGAUCGAAUUGUACAGAGUGCUUAGAUAUGUAAAUAGUUUUGUAAAUAUACGUAUUCCUGGAGAUUUUAUUAACGUAUAUAACACUUCAUUUGAAUUCCGCCAAAAUAUUUGUUCGAAUCCUGCAGAUAGGGUUUUUGUUAAGUAAUCGAUUUAGAACUAUCAUUUGAAAUUAUUUAUUAUGCAAAGAAUAACGCUUGUUUAGCAAUUAUAGAAAAUAAAAAAAACAUUGGUUAUUUUUAUAAAAAAAAUAUGAAAAAGAUUGGUAAAAAACAUUACAAGUUCAUUCUUGAAAUUGAUUCUAUAAUCAACAUCGAAUGCUUUGAAAAUAAAAUGUUUCUAUUGCAUCAUCGAAUUUUAUAAAUAAUUUUAUAAGUGCAGUAGUGCCUAGAUAAUUUAUAUACUUUGUGACUAAACUUGGUUGCCACUUAGGUGCAUACAAUCGAUAUGAAUGUAAUCACAGAGGUUGUAGAUACCACAUCUAAUUUCGGCCCUUUUCACUCAAAUCAUGUUAUCAUUUUUAUUGAAAAAAGUCUAGUAUUGAUAUUAUAUAAGCUGUUACAAGUUGUACGUUACACUUCCUUUUUACAGUAUUUAUUAUAAGCAGGAUGAAAAUGGG